AGACAGCCGCAAACACUCAUCAAAUAGUACUCUAAAACUCUUCAAUGUGUCAGUGAUAUGCGCCUAGAAACCAUACCCCAUCUCCAGCUCCCACGAGUAUUCCGAGCCCUCUCCAGACAAGCUCACUCAAACACACGCCCCGCUCUUGGCUUUUGCAGAAUGGCAUCGACCUUUCAGCUCCCAGACCAUGACAUCCCAGUCACCCUACCCCAGGGCCUAUCAAAAGAGCAGCUCCUGGGAUUCCACCCCUUCAAGAACUGGGUCGCGACCCUGACCUCGUCGCUGGCGCUGCAGUCCACGGCCGCCAACCACCCCUUCGGCCAGGACCCGUACCGGCUGCGGUCCGUCACGGUGCAGGCGUUCGACCUGUUCGGCGCGUCGCGGGUCGGCUUCCUCAAGCUAGCGGCGGACGUGUCCAACGGCGCGGGCGAGUCGCUGCCGGGCGCCGUCUUCCUGCGCGGACCGUCGGUCGCCAUGAUGGUGGUGCUCAUGCCCGACGACGGCGCCGACGAGCGCCACGUGCUCCUGACGGUGCAGCCGCGCGUCGCCGCCGGCAGCCUGGCCUUUGCCGAGCUGCCGGCCGGCAUGGUGGAUGACGAGGGUCAGUUCGCGGGCACGGCGGCGCGCGAGAUCAAGGAGGAGCUGGGGCUGGACAUUCCCGCGUCGGAGCUGACGUGCCUGAGCGACCUGGCCGCCGAGGAGGCGGCGACGGCGGCGGCGGCCGGGGGGCAGCGGGACGCCGGGGAGAAGCUGGCGCGGGCCGUGUACCCGUCGGCGGGGGGCUGCGACGAGUACAUACCCAUCUUCAUGCACGAGCGGAGGGUUCCGCGCAAGCAGCUGGCAGAGUGGACGGGCAAGCUGACGGGGCUGCGGGACGAGGGAGAAAAGAUCACCCUCAAGUUGGUGCCCAUGGACGACCUCUGGUACGAGGGCGCCUGCGACGCCAAGUGCCUUGCCGCAAUCGCGCUGUGGCAGGGCUUGAGGAGAAAGGGAAGGCUGUGAAGGCUGUGAGCUCGCUGCCGGACACAACAUGAGACGUGAUAGAUAGAUUCCAACUGCCCAGGGCCCGCAUGAUAUCAAUAGGUAAUGCUCUGUCCAUCGCUCUUGUGUGUAUCCCAUCCGGAGCCGUCCGACAUGAACUUUCCUCGCCUACCUCACCCCGUUUAACCUCGGCUCCUCGGCAGGUAGCAGCACCC